AUGCCGUCUCAAAAAUCUCCAUAUGAAAAGUGGUGUGAAGCUAUAUCAACACGAGGUUUGAACAAUCGUCCUACUUGUAACCUGUUUAGUAAACAACAACAAUUACCACAAGUACCACCUCAACAAGAACAAAACGACGAAUGUGACUGUGGUCGUUUGAAAAGGUCACAUAGCUACGAAGGUCCACCCAAAUCACGAAGUACUACUCAAUGGAAUUUUUAUUCUUGUUCAGCGCCGAUGAAGAAUACGAAAAAUUUUGGUAUUUUGUACCAUCCAUAUGAAUUAUACGGGACCAAGUUUAUUCGUUGUGCAACGAAUGCACUGGCAGAAGAUCUUUAUAACUUGAUAUGUGAGGAUUGCAGUCAACAGCCAAGUUUAAUAAUAAGCAUUUGUGGUGGUGAAAAAUAUUUUAAAAUGAACAAGCGUUUGGAGAAGGAAUUCAUGCGUGGUAUUAUUGAAGCAGCUAAAGUUGCUGAUGGAUGGAUAUUGACUACUGGUUUAAACAGUGGUAUUACCAAAUUGGUUGGCGAAGCGAUAUUACAAGAUCGAAUAUUAAAAAGCGAUUCAAAAGACGUAGUUAGUAUUGGUUUCACAAAAUGGGGAACUCUAACUAAAAGAACUAGAGAUCUGUUAUCGGAAAAAUUUACACGCCAGGAAAAUUGCAUAAAUUAUUGCGAAAACGAAGACUAUGAAUUUCCUCCAGAAAUAUUGGAAACAACUGAUGCUUACACAAUAGAGCUACAUCAUACAUAUAUGCUAUUGUUCGAUGAUGGUCAAUUAUCUGGUUAUUUAGGCGACGCACAACGACAAAUUUUUGGUGUUCUUGCACCCUUCUAUGUUGCCUAUCGUGAUCAACAGCAAGAAGAACAGCAAAAAGAACAGCAAGAAGAACAGCAAGAGCAGUCACCAUUGAAUAAAGAUGAACAGUAA